CAAGUGUCGAUGCGAGGGAUGGUCAGCAUGUCGUCGUCAUAGAAUACAUAGCACAAUGCGAACUUCAAAGGUCUCGAAAGAGACUGCCCGAGUGGUAGAUGCUCUAUCAUCGAGAGGAUCCAAUGGCAGCGCGCCUAGGCGUAGUCUGCGCAACUUCGUCCAUGCAACAGAAGUGAAUUACGCCCAGGACGACGCGAGUUCGGAUCUGUCUGAGCUUGCCUCGGAUGCUUCUCUAUCGAGUGCCUCUCCAUCGCCUCCUCCUUCUUCGUCUGGAAAACGCAAGCGUGCCGUCAAGACCGAAGUGCUCUCCUCAAAUCCCUCAGCCGCCAACCGCAAGUCCAACUUGCCCAAGAAAGCAAAGCGACAACCCGCCAAACGCAUCAAGGGCGAAUCUGGCAAUGUCGCGACCGUCGAGCCUCCGCCCAAUUGGGAGCAGAUGUACAGUAUAACUGCUGAGAUGCGCAAGAAGGUCGUUGCUCCGGUCGACACCAUGGGAUGCGAGUCGCUGGCCGAGGAGAGCCGCUCUCCAAUCGACCGACGUUUGCAGACAUUGGUUGCUCUAAUGUUGAGCUCACAAACAAAAGACACCGUCAACGCUGUUGCCAUGAAGAAUCUGCAAGACAACCUCGAAGGAGGCUUCAAUCUUGCUGCAUUGCUCACAGUCGAGCCUGAACGACUCAAUGAGCUGAUUGCAAAAGUUGGCUUCCACAACAACAAGACGAAGUACAUCAAAGCAACCGCUGAGAUACUACGAGAUCGCUUUGAUGGCGACAUCCCGGAUACGAUAGAGGGUCUGGUCUCACUACCUGGAGUUGGCCCCAAGAUGGCGUAUUUGACCAUGUCUGCUGCAUGGGGUCGCGAUGAGGGCAUCGGUGUCGACGUACAUGUCCACCGCAUCACCAAUCUCUGGGGCUGGCAUAAGACCCGCAACCCUGAGGAGACUCGAGCGGAACUUGAGAGCUGGCUUCCGAGAGAGAAGUGGCAUGAUAUCAAUCACUUGCUUGUCGGCUUCGGGCAAACCAUCUGCUUGCCCGUCGGUCGCAAGUGCAACAAUUGCGUCCUGGCUACCGAAGGACUGUGUCCGAGUGCUGUCAUAAAGAAAGAGGUGACAAAGAGGGUGAAGAAGGUCAAGGAUGAGGGUGAGGUCAAGACAGAGAUCGAUGCGAUUAUCAAAGAAGAGAAGGCCGAUGAAGACGCUCCUCCGCUUGAUGUUCCACUUGCUGGUGCAGGUACUGUGCCGGACAUUGAGGGGACUGGCGCAGGCAUCAAAAGGGAAGAGGCAUGAUCCGCCGAUCACAUUCCUUGUAUAUGUAUGUAUGAUGCUACGAUGUCAAUACUGAUGCAGUGUUGUACACAUAAUCUUUUCCACACCUCUGCAACAUGAACAACAUCUAUAUGGCUGGUUGAUGUUCCUCUGGGAUACGUCGUUCUGCCAAACAAGCCACCCCUCUUAUUCGAGCAGCACUCCGGGAGGCACCAGAACAGCAGAGCAAAACACCGGAGCUCGGAUCUCAGAGGGAUGAACAACAGGUGAAGCCCAAACAUGCAAAAAUGAUCCUGGCAAUGGGCGGAAUCGAACCGCCGUCGGGUCGGCGUUGCUGGACUUUAACCUCCACAACGACACAUGCUACCACUACACCACAUCACCUUAGCUUGUAAGGGUUGAAUCCGGUUGGCCAGAUUCAG